AUGAAUGAUUCCUCUGCCUUUUCUCAUUCCGAAGAGUUUGAAGAAGAUUUUAAAAUCAUCAAGAAGGAAUUACAAAAGAAGAAGAAGAAUUCAUUCCAUGAUUCAUUGAGUCAUAGUAAUAAUAUGCCGAAAAAUGUAAAACAAGAGCAAAAAAAUAUUCAUGAUAAUUACGGUGAUGAUGAUAUUGGAUAUUUUCAUCAAUUGAAAAAGAAAGGAUAUUUAUUUUAUGAUUAUUUAUGGAACAAGGUGUUGGAUCGGAGAGAGAAAAUCGUCGAAAUGAAUUCGUAUUCUCAUCAACAAGCAGAAGGGCCUUUUCCCAACGCACUGGUUAUUCCAGAUGAAAAAUUUGAAUUACAGAUAGACCGUAAACAACAAGCUUUAAACAAGGAAAAUCAAUUAUUAACGAAUCAAUAUUUAGGUAAUACUUCCACUGGUGAUGCUGAUUCAAAUUCAGGGAGCGGCGCAGCAUCCUAUGAUGAGCCUCUAAUUGAGAAUAGGGACAUUUUGAAGAAGUAUGGCCUCUCUUCGCGUUCGACUUCUCGUGGAAGAAGAAAUAGAGCCUCUUCCUCAGAGAAAACAAGUAGCACAAUGAAAAAUCUUGCAUCAUCUUCUCAAAUUCACAAUUUCAGGACCAUGUACAUGCCUAGAAAUUUGAACCCUGUGGACUUCAAUAGUGGUGACGUGGAAUUAUUCAAUGCUCUCAAAAAUUUAUUGUCUCAUCAGUCCAUUCAAAGAGAAGAGUUAAUACGACAAGAAUUGAGUUUAAUGUUGCAAGAGGAUGACAAUUUUAUUGAAAAAAUUUUUGAACAAUACAAAUCCGUGUCUCUCAAGAACACAGUGACACUCGAACAGUAUGUGGAUACCGUCAUGGACAUGCUUUAUCAUCGAGGACUAAAACGAGGAAAUGCCCAACAUGCUUCAAUAGCAUUACUUCAGGGUCACACAUUGAAUGAAGGUCUCGACAUUCCCUCAACAUCAUUACUGGCCUCCAAUCGUUUGAUAAGCAAAUCACAUCAAGUCAUUCCCAAUGCAGACGAGAGCAAGCAUUUGUCUUAUCAAAUUCAGAGACAAUACGAGUUUUCAAAGCAAGUGGCAAGUGUUUUCAAUAAUAAGGCCGAUCGAAAAUUAUUUCAAGAUAAUCCAAUGGGAAUGCCAUGGCUUGAUCCUUCCACUGAAAUGUAUCAUCCAUUUGCUUUUGAUCAUGUUGUCUUUGAUCCAAUAUUGGUGAAACACAGCAGGACAGCACAGAAAGAAGCAACCACCACGACCAAGAAGGACAAAUUACAAGCAACUGCACUCGCUCAGAAGAAAGAAACUAUUCCAUUAAUUCCAAGGCGAAAAAAGAGUGAAAAAACAACAGGCUUCUUGUCAAAUUCCUUGUUCUCGAACAUGGGCUAUUGGUGA